CCUAGACCAUUACGUCACCGCAGGCCUCCAGGGGCCUAACUGAUUCCAACAUGGCGACCGAGACCGGGGAAAAGCAUCUCAACGGUCACAACGAGAAAAUCGCACUGAAGGAACGUCAACCUUCCAUAGAAGACAGGCAACGGGGAGAUCACGUGAAAAAGAAACGUAAGCACUCACAGGAUCUGCAAUCACACAAAGAUUCGAAAACAGAAGAGAGAAAGUCGGCUUUUGCCUCUAGUGAUAGUUGGAACGUUACAUCGAAUUCUUCCAAUCAACAAAACAGUUCACCGCCUCCGAGUAAACAAAGCAACGGCCUGAAAACAAAAUUCAAAAAGAUAAAAAAGGAAGAUGAAGUGCAGUUUGAAUCACAUGCCCCUGAAAUCAUUGCUCAUAGUGACUUGAAGCUUAAAAUCAAGACGCAUUCUGGUGACCAUGGAAACAAUAACACUGAAAAGCCUAAUGGAGUAUCAUCUCCAAAAAAGAAGAAGAAAAAACAUCACCACAAGCAUGAAGAAAAACACUUCACUGACAGGGACCACUGUAUACUUGAUAACCCAAAAGAAAAGACUCAUUUAUCUCAUUUAAUGCACAUCGAAACAGACCCGAAUGGUGGAGCAUCUUCGGUACAUGUCUACAGCGAAGAAAUCAAAGGUUUGAGCCCUGAAAAGAUGGAGAAGUUUGUCAAGCUAUUUUUCAGGGAAGUUUACGCUGAAGAUGAAGUUGGGGUUGCACGCCAUGUUAUGGGGAUUGUUCACAAUGCUGCAGAUUACCUCCCUGAACUUACUCGCUACUUCGGUACUAAUCAUGCGAAUCUUACUGUCAAGGCCUCCCCUAUUGGUAAAAAGCUUGAUAUAGAAACAAUUAAGAUGGGAGACUAUUUAAAAAGAGUGGAAGCUACCUACAGCCAAGGGACAUUGCGUUGCGGGCCUUUACUGCAGUUCAGUUUAGUGGGGACUGUGCAGGAGGAAGUGGGAGGGUAUUUUCCAGAGUUUUUGGACACAUUAGAGGAAUGUGUAUUUCUGAGGGAAACAAUGCCAUGGGGACGCCUCUCAGCAUUAAAACUGGACAAAAGAAACCGGAGUAAUGAUGGUCCAAUAAUGUGGGUUAGACCAGGAGAGCAAUUCGUGCCUACUGCAGAACUGGGUAGCUCUCCAAACAAACGGCGAAGGCUGACUGUCAAUGAGCUACAAAACUUGCAUUACCUGCCAAGGACAUCUGAACCACGUGAAAUGUUGGCAGAGGACAGAACACGAUGCCAUGCAGACCAUGUUGGUCAGGGAUUUGAUCGACAGACUACAGCAGCAGUUGGCCUCCUAAAGGGUGUCCAAGUAGGAGAGGUGAAAAGUGACAUAAAUAGGAACUGCAAAGACGUUGUGUGUUUCCACCCAGACAGCUUCAAUCAACUUGUACAAAAGCUAAAAAUCGAUCUUCAUGAACCCCCAGUAUCUCAGUGCAUCAUGUGGGUAGAUGACGCCAAACUAAAUCAACUAAGAAGGGAUGGGAUCAGAUAUGCCAGAUUAUUCCUACGUGACAAUGAUAUAUACUUUAUCCCACGGAACAUUAUCCACCAGUUCAAGACGAUAUCAGCAUGCACGAGCAUAGCCUGGCAUCUGCGGCACAAGAUGUACUACCCAGAACUUCAAAAACUUGAAAGUCAGUCUGGCUGCCAAACGUCAUGAGAGGAAAGUCUAUUUAUUGCCAGGUUUCUGGUGUUGUAUAAAAUGUAGAAUGGAAAAGGUGUAUGGCAUAGGCCAUGUCAUGCCAAAAGGGUUCAGCAUUAUUGAUAAUAUUAAAAUUUAAACCCUUUGGCAUGACGCUGUAUAUGUCUCGUGUGGUUGCCAGACAGUUAUCCAAUAAGCUGUACAGUUUAAUAUAUUUCUUUAAUCUAUAUGGACAUUCACGAUCAAUCGAAAGGUGUCCGAACUGACUAAUUUUGUACCGUCUCAUUGGAGAUGCUACUAAUAUGACAUGUCUAAAUGUCGCUUCAAGUUUGAAAGCGAAUGACGCGUACCUCUGGCCCACUGUCUAUGUUCUAUUUUGAAGUCGUUUUGAAGUCACAAAUAGUGAGGUUAGACUAUGGCUCAGCUAAUGUAUAUUUUAAAAUUGUUAAUAAGCACUAUUAUUAAUGCCUAUGGAUUGCAAGAAUAUGAAUAUAUCAGGAAUUUGCAUGAUAAGCUGCCAAUGGCUGCUGACAUAUUUUUUAACUUUUAUUGGGCGAUACCAUUGGUUAUGAGUGAUAUUUAGAUAAAUCUUUAGAAAACACAGAGUAAUGGUAAUUCCUGUCGAAUCCGUUGUAUCGCGACCCGAGUUUUCAAAGCACGAUUUGUUUUGGUUUUCUGUUCCGUCAGUAAAACCAUUCUGAGCCAAUCAGAAUCUUGCUUUGUGCACUUCCUUGGCUAUCCUCGGACGAAAACCAGACAGUGUCGCGACAGAAAGCCAGGCAACUGCACUAGGCGAGAGAUGGCAAGAAUCUGAUUGGCUUAGAAUAAUUUGGCUGGCGGAAAACAGAAAAUCCUAAAAGACAAAAACAAAUCGAUGUUUUGAAAAUGCGGCGUCGCGAUACAGCGAAUUUGACAGUAAGUGUUCAAAAGCUGCCAUUCUAUUGUUUUUUAUAAAGUAUUUCUUCCAACUUCAUAAACAGAUUCGAAAACACUGCAGCGAAAUUAAAAUAUAGUAGAUAGAAACCGUGCAGCUUUUUAUUUAUCCCAUUCUCUGCUGUCCUCGCUAUUAUAGGCUCUUUUUCCAAACCUUUCCUCCGUCUCUCAUAUUUUGCUUUAAAGCUGUUGCUUUGCCAUGUUAGUAUUUUUACAAAUAUUUUACCUUGUUUUAUGGAUGUGGUGUCGAGGAAUUUAAUUGCUGACUUGUUAUUAGGGAAGACUUUAAGAAAAAAUCAAAGAGCAAGGCUGCAAAAUAGCGUUUCUACCGGUGUUAGUAAGAAUCUUCAAAUUUCCUCACUAUCUUUGCACCUUUUUAAAGACCCCGUGAAAAAACGUUUUCAGGCUAAACAAGGCCUUCUAAACAAAUCUGCUAGGGAUGGAACAUAAAACACGUUUAUCGACGACGAACUGUAACUGAAGUUCGAUGUUUUCCUUCGUAAAGAUUUGCUCCAAUAGGGGUAGGCGGGCUUACAUAAAAACAUUAACGUUAAGAAAGAACAAAUCCUACGGUUACUCUCCAUCGUCCAUAAGUGACUAACUUAUAAACAGGUUUCUGGUAUUUGUCCUUUUAAAGGCUCCAAGUCGAUGUACUCUAUUCGAGUUUAAGGCAUUUUGAGCUAUAGAAACUGUACAAUAAUUGUUGUUAUGAUAUGAUAAGUCUUAUAACAAUACAAAGGGAAAGAUUCUUAAAGUAUAUUAUAUACUGCCAAAUUAUAUAGUGCCAAAUUUGUAAAUUACUGUUUACCUUAUAAAUUUAGAGUUAGUAAAAAUCCCAUCACUUUCA